GCAGCGCGAUAAAUGUUACGCCAAACACUGAAAUUUUAUUUUACAAGCAAUGUCUUGCAGGAUCCGUUGUUCUAGCUACGGGGGAUUCAAAGCCACCCUUAUAUCUAAAAUAACAAUGUUCUUCCAUAUUAAAUUAUAGAUGUGCCCCAAUAGGUAAAUAUUGAUGAAGUAGCGUAACAUUUAGUACAAAAACGUUAUGCCUGCAAGUCCGCGUGUAGGAUAAAGUCUUUAAAAAAUUCCAGAAAGUCAAUGUGUUGUGUCAAGUAGAGUAAAACCUGAAAACAAUGACGGAAAGACAUCGAUAAAAGUGAAAUGUCAUGGAGUUGGUGGUCCUAGGUGAGCACCAUGUGGUUUCUCAAUCUAUCGGCGCACGCGAACAAGCAUGAAGAGGAAUAAAUGCUACAUUUUGGAUAUAGGUUAGUUUAUUUAGAACACAUGAGUGACAGCAUGCUUGCCAACAUGGCGACGUUAAGAAAGCUCCAUAUGCUGCACCGAGCCUGCACGCUCAACAACACAACGAGAGGAGCUUCAAAGGCUGUCCCCGCGAUGAUGAGAUGUCUUCCCCAGCCGAGCGGUUCCUUGGUACCGCAGUGUAGCAGAACAUUUGCCCUCUUUGGCUCCACCUUGAGACAUGCAGACGACUUCACUGGACGAUUCACAAGCCAAGUAUAUGAUGAGGAGGAUGAUGAUGAGGACUUUAUGGAGGACCAGGAGGUGGAGGAACUGUUCCAGGAGCUGCAGCCUAACACAACCACCCCAGGGGGCCACCACCGUGUUUUUGUGGUCCACCCUGAUGUCAAGUGGGGGAGCAGGAAGCAAUACCUGACCACAGCGGAGCUGAUGAUGGCUGAGGCCGUGGGGCUCAUCAACACGCUGGACAAGUGGACGGUGGUGGACAAGCUCAUCCUCUCCACCAAGACUCCAGAGAAGAAGAUGAUUUUCGGAAAAGGCAACUUUCAGACUCUUACAGAGAAGAUAAGACAAACAGCGGGCAUCACUGCAGUUUUUGUCAACGUGGAGCGUCUCUCUCCGUUGUCUGAGAGAGCGCUUGAGGAGGCCUGGGGGGUCAAAGUGAUGGACAGAUACUCCGUGGUCCUCCACAUAUUCCGCUGCAACGCCAGAACCAAAGAAGCUAAGCUGCAGAUAUCUCUGGCUGAGAUCCCCCUACUCAGGUCACGUGUGAAGAAUGAAUUCAUGAACUUGGAUCAGCAAGGUGGAGGCUCCAGAUACAUCGGAGGCUCAGGUGAGACGCAGAUGGAAGUCCAGCAGAGGCUUUUGAAGGAGCGAGAGAUGAAGAUCCGCUCAGCUCUGGAAAAGCUGAAGAGGAGGAGGCACCUGCUUCACUCUCGGAGGAAACACAAGGAGUUCCCCCUGGUGUCUGUCUUAGGAUACACCAACUGUAAAACCACUCUGAUCAAAGCGCUCACGGGCGACAGCCACCUCCAGCCUAAAAAUCAGCUCUUCGCCACGCUGGACGUGACGGUCCACGCGGGCCAGCUGCCCAACCGCAUGACGGCGCUGUAUGUGGACACAAUCGGCUUCCUGUCGCAGCUGCCGCACCAACUCAUCGAUUCCUUUUCCGCCACACUGGAGGACAUUAAACACUCUGACCUGCUGGUCCACGUCAGAGACAUCAGCCACCCGGAGACGACCAAUCAGAAGGCCAAUGUGUUGAACGUUUUAAAGAACCUUCAAGUGCCCGACCGCCUCCUGAGCUCCAUGAUCGAAGUCCACAAUAAAAUAGACCUCCUGGACAAGUACGAGGCGACUGAGCCUGAUGCUUUGCCCAUCUCCGCUCUGGAGGAGCGUGGCCUGGAGGCGCUGCGGGAGGUUGUGGAGGAGCGCAUUGUGGCCUCUACGGGUAUGCGUGCCCUCAGCCUGAAAGUGAAGCUCAGCACGCCUCAGCUCAGCUGGCUGUACAAGGAGGCCGCCGUGCAGGACGUGAGCGUGGACGCGGACGAGGGCUCGGCAGUGGUCAAGGUCAUCAUCAGUGGCGCCGCCUACGGACGCUACAAGAAGUUCUUUGUGGACGGGUAGCAAACGUUGAGAGUAACACACGUUCUUGUUUGAUUAGCAAAUAACAUAUUGAACACCUUUAAUUCACCAGUAGUCAAUGUGACAACAGCCAUACGAAUGUCUCAUAUUGUCAAAUAAUGCUGUCAAAAUAAAAAGGAGUUCAUCACACUCGCUAAAA